AUGAUCUUCGAAGAUACAGAGUUCGCAAGCGUUGUUAGUCCGACACAGGCGUUUUUCGGGCUGGAAAAUGGUGUAGAACACCAGCAACGACACGAGGACGACGAUGUCUCGGGAACAGACGUUUUCGAGCUGAUUUCCACGGGCUCAAGCUUCGAAGCUUCGCUUCUGGCUGCGGAUCUGGAGGACGAGUGUGGUGGGGACGCCAAUGGUGAAGUGGGAGACGUGGGAGCAUCACAGCAGGAACAAGACCCGUUGGAUUUUGAUGAGCUCCCGCUGGAUUUCCAUGCCGGAUUGGGUUCCCGUGUGGAUAGCGAGAAUGGGAUCGAGAAUUACAAUGCUAAUGCAAAUGCAAAUGCAAAUGCAAAUGCAAAUUCAAUUGCAAAUCGAGGUCUGGAGUUCCAAUAUGUCGACCAUACUGGAAUUAACCGUACGCCAAAAAUAAGACCACCGUUACUCACGUCUCGGUUCUCGGAAAGCACUGGAAAUAUCAGCUCCAGGCCUCAGCCGGUGCGAAGGAAAAGCAACCCUUUCUAUUUCCCUUCCAAAAACAUCAAAAACAUGAUCUCAAAGGAAAGACAACGGCAACAAACGUCCCGCAAGCCCCCGGGCGAUGUCAAAAAUGCCUCCUGCGAUUCCCUUAACAAUUUUCAGUCCUCGCGUGGCCCGCAAAACAAUAAACCUGUGCUGGAAAGGCGACAAACAGUGAUUUGA